AUGUCGGAGGACUGUAGGAGUUUUUUGGCUGGGGUUUUUGCAGGGUUUCUUGCAGUGAUAUUCCUGCAGUUAAGCGCAGUCACGCUGGGACUUCGGAAGAUAGCGUACAAGAAGAAGCACGCAGACAUUUACCACAGAGACUUAUUUGAAGACCCGCCGAGCGAGCUUGCAAGCCUCCUCAGCAUCGCCACGAAGGAGUGCACGGAUCUGGCGUGGCUGAACAUCUCCAUGCAGAGAUUCUUCUACGAGCUCUCAAAUUCAAGCACCUUCUACGAGAAAGUGAAGGCAAAGAUGGUGAAAAAGCUCUCAAUUGCCUUCUCCUCGGGCCUUCUCAAGAGAGUCCGCUUCAAGGACGUUUCCUUCGGGAGUGAAGCCCCGUACAUAAAAAGCAUCCGCGCAAUGUCCGAGGACGAAAUAGAGGAGCUCAUGGAGAGAAAAGACGCGAAAGAAGCAGGAUUUAGCAAGCCAGCGUACUUCAAGCAGGUGUACCUCCUGAUCAGCAUGGAGUAUACGGCCACGGAUAACUGCAUAUACAUAGACGCAGACCUGAUCAAGGGAUACUCCAUCCCAAUUUUUGUUAAGUUGCAGCCCUUUAAGGGAGACCUUGUCCUGAGAAUGCCUGCAAAUAACUACUCCACGCGCCUGGAGAUAUCGUUUAUAAAGAAUCCAGGGUUUGAUUUUUCCGUUGAAGCUUCUUUUUCCAAGAACGACUCAGCCUUCUUUUCGAAUACGCUGAGUCACGUGAUAAAGAGAGUCUGUAAAUACGUUGCAAAGGCGUACGUUUUCCCGAACUGGUACUACUACUACAUGCCGAUGCUCGUGUCUCGGUCGAAGGUCAUACAGUACUCGUACUUCCCCAUCAUCGGGGAGAGCGUGGACGGACCGAUGCACCAGGUCCGGGAGAUCCAGAACCUCUUCAGCCUCGACUUCGCCAUCAUAACGAAGAAGGGAAACAUCAUCUUCCGGAAGACGAAAAGUACCGUAAAUACGUCAAAUACGCCGAUGGAGAGGGCGGAGAUAGAGAUCCUGAAUAAGCCCUCGAUCCUGAACGAUCUUUUUGCACCUUCUUCAGGCACGGACAUUUUCUCAGACGUUAUCAGCGACUACGAGGGAACAAAAGUCGUCCAGAAGUUCUCCGAGGAGGUGGAGAAGGUGCACAUCAUCAUCUCAAACGGGAUAUACGAGUUUAUCCGCAUCACACUCGACGACAUGAUCAUAUACCAGAGGACAGACCCAGAAGAGCCGCAGUUUAUCGCCCUCAGGAAGGGAUCCGGAUGCAUAACGAUCAUACAGUACGUGAACCCCACAGAGCCCUUCUACUUAGGCCGUUUCAGGAUCACAAAACUCGCGAAGAAGCUCGAGAAGCGGGAGAUGAAGGUCCUCGGAUCCGCAAAACUCUUCAAGAUCCUCGACUACUCCGUGAAGCAGGCAGAGAAAACGAAGAAAAUAUUCGGGAAAAAGCCAAAGGCAGACGCAAAGGGACAGGCGCAGAACUUCACGAAAGACAGCACGAAGGAGAAGUACAUCUCCGACGGAUACUCCGUCUCCUCUGCCCCCAGCAGCAUCUCAGAAGUCAGCAUCAUAGAGUCGCACUUCAUGGAGAUAGAGACGAAGUUAGAGAGGGAGGAAGCCCUGAAAAGUCACAGGAUAGAGCUCCCGUACGCUCAGGAGGAGAUAUCAGAAGCACUCAGUGACUCCCUCAUUCGCUCUGCUGUUUUCGGGAGCUUCUCCAUUAUGGAGGAUAUUCUCCUCACAGAAACAAUUCGGAAUACGUCGAUGGCACAGGCAGAGUCUGGGCAGUACGUGCAGAUGCUGAGCUAUUCAAGCCCACAUCAGCCCCUCGUGAUCGAGAGAAUCCUGCUCUCGGAGGAGCACCAGGGAGUCACUGCAGCGAUAAAAGUCUCCACGCAAGCCCUCGAUAUUUACGUCUUUGGGAGCGAGGCGGAGAGGUCUUUCCGGUGCUUCACUGAGCUCAUCGUGGCUGCCCUCGAGAAAAUUCGGGUCCUGAAAAUGCCAAGAGUUUCCGUUGGGAGGGCGUAUGCAGAGACCCUGAAAAACUCCUCGGGGUUCGUCCUUUCCGCAGAUGCUCCCGUCCCGUGCGCUGUUUCCGUGGAAAUCGGUAGAGUCCCCCUUUUUUCUGAAGACUUUUUUCUGAAGUCCCCGUUUGUGUUUACGUUUAGUGCUCCCCCGGGGGUGGAGAUGCGGGUCGUGCUGAAGCCCCGGAAGAAGGCGGGACUGGAGAUGUGCAUUAUUCCGCACGGGUCUGUGCGGACGGCGGAGUCUCUUCAGGGAGUUUCGCAGGAGAUUCGGAGCUCUCCUGAGGAAAGAGCCUUCUCAGAGCGCGGGGGAGAGGGGGAAAGCACGGAGGAGAGUGCGGAUACGUCGAGUGAGGGCGAAGAGACUCCCCCGGAACCCGCAGAAGUCCCUGCGGAGAGUGAAAAAACCCCGAAUAACCCGGAUCAGAUCGUGACUUUGCAGCAGAUGCACGUAGAGGGGGAUUUGUGUGCCCGGAGAAGGGGAAAGUUUUCCCUGGCCGUAGGGAGGGGAUUUCUCUACUGGCGAGCCCCGUGGUCCACGAGCGAGAAGGCGCGGACGGAGGAGACCGCAGAAAACUGCAUGAAUGGCGCAGGAUACGCGUACAGUGAAGUCCCUGCAGAGCUCCAGUGGAGAAAUGCAGAAAACAAAGAUGUAACAAAAAGGUUUUCUGUAGGGUUUAUUUCAAAAUAA